AUGGACGAGGAGGAGACGACGGCUCGCAAGCGCCAGACGUGCAAGCUUACUGUUGAGAAGCUGAAGAAGGCCAUGGAUUCCAUCAAUGAGCUGGAGCGCGAGACCGAGGACGUCGACAUGGCAAUGGAUGGGGCCGAUGACAUGGGCGCUCUCGAUGAUCGCGGUCACGGCAUCAGGGGUUAUGCCGAGACAAUCAGUGACGAGCUUUGA